AUGGCGUACCAACACGAUGUCGAGAAGCAUGGUGGCGUGGUGAAUGCCGGCAGCGACUCCGACAGUCCACGGGAGAAGCGACAAGACAGUAGUUUCGUGUACGAGGAUGGUGCGGUUCCAGGCGAAAGCUUCGAAUGUGGCGACACCUUGUAUGCGAAAAUGCAGCGCGUAGCAGGAAGGCUGAAAAUGGAGCAGCGAGGGAUCGAGAGGGUGCCGGAAGAUGAGCGAACGGAUACUGGGGCACUGACUUCGUCUUCGCAGUGGCUUUCCGCCAACAUGGUCGUGUCUUCAUUCGCCAUUGGCAUCCUUGCCAACAAGCUGUUCUAUCUCGGUGUUGCCGAUGCGAUGCUGGUGUGCCUGUUCUUCAACUUGAUCGGGAUUACACCCGUAUGCUUCUUCUCGUGCUUCGGCCCACCCUUUGGUCUGCGACAAAUGGUCCUGUCCCGAUUCUGGUUUGGCUGGUGGGGCGUAAAGCUCAUCGCCAUCUUCAACGUCCUGGCCUGUAUCGGAUGGUCUGCCGUGAAUUCCAUCGUCGGAGCACAACUGAUCAACACCGUCAACAACGACGUUCCAGGCUUCGCCGGGAUUUUGAUCAUUGCCUUCUGCACCUUCCUGGUUACCAUGUUCGGCUACAAGGUCGUGCACGCUUACGAGUUCUGGUCUUGGCUGCCCGCUACGAUCAUUUUCCUGAUAACUUUCGGCGUCUUCGCUCACAGCGGCGACUUUGUGAACAUCUCAUGGGAAACCGGCAAAGCUGAGGUGGGCUCCGUCCUCUCCUUCGGCGCCGUCAUAUAUGGUUUCGCAACAGGCUGGACAUCAUACGCCGCUGACUACACCGUCUACCACCCAGCCACCCAAUCCAAGAAGAAAGUCUUUUUCUGGACCUGGCUCGGCCUAAUCGUCCCCCUCCUCUUCACCGAAAUGCUCGGAAUCGCCAUCACAAGCGCAACCAGCACCAACGGAGGCGACAACCGGUACCAACACGGCUACGACCAAUCCGGCACCGGCGGCCUCCUCGGCGCAGUCCUGAUCUACCAUCUCGGCACAUGCGGAAACUUCUGCCUCGUAAUCAUGGCCUUGACAAUAAUCGCCAACAACUGUCCCAACAUCUACUCCGUAGCCCUCACCGUCCAAGUCCUCUCCCGCUACGCCCAAUGGGUCCCGCGAUUCAUCUGGACCGGCAUCGGAACGGGCGUCUACAUCGCCAUCGCAAUCCCGGGGUACAGCCACUUCGAAACCGUGUUGGAAAACUUCAUGAACUUCAUCGGCUACUGGCUCGCAAUCUACGAAGGCAUCUCCCUUUCCGAACACUUCGUUUUCAAACGCGGCUUUUCCGGGUAUGAUCCUGAACACUACGACCAACCGGACAAACUCCCACCCGGGAUCGCGGCCAUUGCUGCUUUCUGUUUCGGUGUCGCGGGCAUGGUGACUGGAAUGUCUCAAGCUUGGUUCGUGGGUCCUAUCGCUCUGCACGCGGGCGAGGCGCCUUAUGGUGGAGAUGUUGGGUUCGAGCUUGGGUUUGCGUUUGCGGCGACUUCGUAUUUGAUUUUGAGACCGAUUGAAUUGAAGUUGUUUGGUAGAUAA